AGGUGCAUCUGCUAAAACUAAAGAUUUCACUCAAAGUAUGAGAUUAUAUAUACACUAAAAAAAGCACAAUGACAAGGUUAAAUAGCUUUGAAUAAUUCAUCAUAAUGUAUCAGAAAUUUUUUUAUAAGCCUGAGGGAUGAAACGCGACUUAAAUUAAAGAAAAAGAGGAAUAAAGGAGAUUUAAGCCACUUUUGCUUGUGUAUGAAAAAUUUUGCAUAUAAAAUUAAAAAAAAUAACGACAUAUUCAGGAGAUAACGAUUUUGGGUUUUCGUGAUUAAAAGAAAUAAUGUCUUUAAAGGAUAAAACUGUGGGUCACAUUAGUAGGGUUAAAGAUAUAAGAGCAUAAAUCAGCCCAAAAUGUAUUGGUUAUACUACAAUCACAAAAUAAAUGGGCAGCUGUUUUUUUCAACAAGACCACAAAAUGCGCAAGUUUCAUCAAUAUCAAGGUAUUUACAAACCCGUCGCUCAUGCGCCUCGUGAUAACGUCAAUAUCACUCUUUCAGGCUAUAUAGUACGUACUAUUUAAGUGCUUGUUAAGUAAGUACUGAUUGAAAUGAAAUAGAAUACCUACUCGAGAGUAUGCGAUUUCGGACGCCGCCUGGAGCUCUUUGUUUACGGUUCUUCGGGGAUCCUCGCGCAGGCUAGUGAACAGCGCCACAUGCCGGCGCGGAUGAACUGCCAAAAUGUUUUCGUUUUAACAGCCAAAACGUUUAAUUUCAAUUUUUUUAGGGGCAGUAAAACACUUUAUAGCAACUAUAACCAUAAAUUAACAGCACUUUACAAAUAAAAAAAUAAAAUGUAUUUUUUUUUCUAGUUUUGUAAUUUCCCUUUUGCUUUAAGCUUUUCUAGGAUUUUUUUUUUUAUUGAAAUUAAAUAUCGUGACGCGGAUAAUAUUGUUGGCUCCUUAUAAAUUAAUUCUGUUUUUUCCCAUUUGUUUGUAGGUCGCUUUGGAUAAAAACGACUGCUAAAUUCAUUUAGCAGUCGUGUGUGUGUGUGUGUGUGUGUGUGUGUGUGUGUGUGUGUGUGUAUAUAAUUUAUUUUAUUAAAUUGAGUCAACUCUCUACAUUGGCCUAGUUUUGUGUUUUUCCGCGUUACAGUGACCAGGCGACGGAUUAACUCAUGAAUAUUAAGUAGCUUAAGAAAGUGACUGGCAGCUUCAGGAAGUUUACGAAGCACGUCUCCUUUACCUAAUUAAUAUUCAUGAACAUCAACGUAUUCGUAAUUGGCGUCCAGGCAACGCCGCGACGCGCUCCAGUGACUGGAGUUUGUGAAGUGACUGAAAGACACUUCACUGCUCUCAUAAUGUUACAUUAGUUAAUUAAACACGUUUCAUCAAUGUACAAUAUAAAUAAUUAAUCAACAUGUAUGAUCGAGCUCCCAGGUUCACACAUUUGACAUUAAGCGGCACCACGACUGAAAUUGGACCAGGAUCUUAUAAUAUCAGCAGGUCUCUGAGCGGCAAAUACAAUUCGUAUGCCCCGUUCCUCUCGCUGUCCAGUAGAGAGUCUGGGUUCCUGGGGUUGGGCAGUGGUCUCCUCUCUCCUGGACCAGGACAGUAUAACAGUGACAUUACCAGGAAUCAUAUUCUGGGAGGAAACAGUCUGCAGAAUCGAUCCAGGCGGUUUGAUGACGUGGUGUCAGAUGUGCCGGGGCCGGGAGCGUACAAUGUUACGAACAAUGUUUCACCUUCAGAGAAAAGAACAACCAAUCCAGAGAAGAGUGUGAAGGCCGUUUUUAAAGUGGUGAAGAUGCUGCUGAAUCCUGAUGCUCCAUCCAUCCCGUCUCCCGGUCAGGCGUUCGGAUAUGAAGAGGAUGCUCAAGGUGUCCUACACAGACACAAACCCCCCACCAGAGACCAGACCCUCGGCCCGGCCUUCUACAACCCCGUAACGGAGGAGCUGUCGUCCUCUCAGAAGUAUAAAGGUGUACAGUUUGGGAAGAUGUCAGGCCGGAGAGAGCAGGUAAAGGGUGGAGACGGACCUGGACCAGGACAGUAUGAAAUACAGGAGGAUAACACGGUCCACUAUGAGAAUGUGAAUCUCGUGCGAGAGCAAAGAGGCCGUUCAGAGCUGGUCAUCCCUCGAUACCAUGAGCUGGUGGCUCUGCAGGAGGAGAAGAAGGGUGUCCCGGGUCCAGGGCAGUACCACAUAAAGAGUCAGUUUGCGACGUCCAGUAACCCACAUGGUCCUGUGUUGAGCCCACCCUUUCUGUCUCAAGCUCAGCGGUUCAGUCCAGUCAAGGAUGAAACGCCUCCUGUAGGUGCGUACGAUGACCCACGCUGUGCUCUGGAGAUCCUGAAGAAAGGCAGAGGGGUGAAGAAGAAUCCGUUUGGCUUGACAGCUGUACGCUUCCUGCCAGAAAACAAAUCGAAAGCUACGCCAGGUCCUGGUGCCUAUAACGUGUUUGACUAUGGCCUGGCUCAGGAGAGUUUGAAGAAAGCCUCUCAGAAAGGAAGGAAGGGCGCAAGGAAGGGCGCCUUUGGCUCUGUUGCACCACGCCGGCUUUUUCUCCCCAGCAAAGAGGAAAUGAGCACCCCGGGGCCGGCUCAGUACAAGGUGGAGAAGACAAAUGAAGCGUCAUAUAAGAAACAGAGUACAGCUGCUUUUAAAUCUGCCUCCGACAGACUUGUGGGUUCACUGUUCGCCAAAGAUACUCCUCCGCCAGGCUCAUAUAACGUGAGCGAAUCUUUCGAGAAGACGCACGGUCUCCAUCGCUACAGCGAGCCACGGAACGAGAAAGCACGCAAGCGACAGAGCUGCUUCCUGUCUGCCGCCCCCAGAGACCCCGCCUUCCUCCACUACGACCCUGAAAUCCCAGGUCCGACUCAUUAUAGUCCAGAUGUUAAGUCUGGCUCUAAACUUGCACUGAUUGUCUCAAAGGAAGAUCGCUUCAAAAGCCCUAAAGACACGACCCCUGGACCCACAGCAUACGAGUUGAGUCCGGUCAUCAUGGACACCGUUCUGAAAGGCACCUUCAAUGUGACGCUCCACGAUCCUGUGAUGUCCAGCACGAGAUCUUUAUCUUCACGCAAGUCUUUGAGAAAACCCCCUGCCCACAGCAGUGCCUAACUCAGGUCAAAGGUCACACACUUUCAAAAAGACCUCGGCUAAGCCUCUCCUCUUAAACACAUGCUUCCCAGGAGUUCCUGUCACACACACACACACACCUCUUUAUGGGUGAUAUAUUUCCCCAGUGCUCACAGAGAAUAAAUCAGGAUUCUUUAAUGGGUUUGAUGUUUCAGGGUUUUUGUGCAUCAUAAAUUCUCAGCCCUGCCCACAAUAACACAGCGCUAAUGUAGAGAGAUCUGACGUACACACACACACACAACAUCUUGAUAUCGUUAUACACACCCUUUUAAUCUAAUUAAGCAUUUACACACUCUCAUUAUUCAGCAGAGAGGGGGGAGGUUGAGGGAAGAAGGGCGAGAGACGUCAAAGAAGAGAACGAACGGAAGAAAGAGAGGUUUUAGCUCUUUAUUGAACUGACUUGUUUUACAUUUGCAAGCUAAUUGAAUCAGAUAAAUCACUGUGGCGGCUCUCUCGCCGCCCGUGUGUUUUUGUCUCGUGGAGUUUACGGAUGUUAGAGUGUUUUAAAGUCAAUGUGAAAUCAAAAUUGAACCCAUUUACUUUCUUAAUGCACAUUCCUGGUCUUAUUGUGAAAGAUUCAUCUGUGGAGGUUACUCCAGAGAAUUACAUUUUGGUGUAAUCUUUAAUCAAAAAACUUUUAGGUUAACAUCACCUAGGAUGUGCAGGCUGUUGGAUAGUGUGAACCAGCACUCCGGUUCCAGAAGUAAAAAUCCCAUUCAUUUUCUCUAUAGUGGAAUUGAUUUUAAUGAUAACUUAUGAGGUCAUUAAUCUAUGGUACAGCAAUGCUUUAGUUGAAGCCAUCCAUUCACAUUAAUAACUGUGUUUAACUGGUAAAAAACUACAUUACCCAUGAUUCUGCAAAGAAAUCUCCACCAAUCAGAGAAUCGAAAUGAGUAAAUUGCACCAGAAGAACUCUUUAGCUCCGCCCACUCUGAUGAAGCACUGCAAAUGACAGAGUCAGUUUCCCUACGCUCUCAUAAUACUUAAAUAUUUGUAUUUAUAUAUGCAUAUUUUGCAAUAAACUUAAAAUAUAUUGUUUCUGUAUAAUCAACAUCUUUAACCCUCUGGAGCUGCUCACGUGGCAGACAAAAAUGACCAUUUUUUAUUAUUAUUAUUUCAAUGAAAUGAAUGUACUAUAUUUUAGUUUUUAUAAUGUUUUUUAUUUAAUAUUUUGUAUUUUUAGGGGAUUUAAUGGAACUAAUUUAUAUUUAUGCAGUAGUUAUAAUCCAUUUAUUCACCUUUUGAGCAUUGAGCAUUUAUUCACUUUUUGAGACCUAAAAAUGAAAUUUCCAACUUAAACUGUUAUAAAUCUUGAAUGCUUUGGAGCACAGACUUAAGUUUGGUCUUUUUUAAAGAAGACACUUGGCAGACUAUUGCUGAAAAAAAGUUAAAUAAGUGAACGUGAAAAAAGUUACAGAAUUUUACGUUUAUUGUUAUGGAAAAUGCACAAUAAUACUAUAUUAAUUAUAUAAAGUAUAUAUUUUCCAAAACAUGUUUUACUCUAAAUCUGCAAGAAAAUCAAUGCCAUAAAUUGAAACAAGUCAUGUUCCAAAUUUGAUCAAAAAAUGAGCUUUCAGUAAGAUUUUGUUUGGGUGCAGUACCAAAAAUUUCCACUAGAUGAAAAUUUGUCUCCUAUUCAUUUCCAAUGCAAUCAUUUUUGUGUGUGUUUUUAGUGUGUGUUUUUUUGUUUGUUUUUUUCCCCCAGGACCAUUUAACCUUUUCGAAUCAUGUCCAUGAUUUUGUAUGUGUGUGUGUGUGUGUGUGUGUGUGUGUUCACAUAGUUGCAAGUGACAAAACCUUUACCAAGUUUUGUAACAUUCUGAUGAAGUAAAAAAAAAAAUAAAUAAAUAAAUAGAUAGAUAGAUAGAUAGAUAAAAAAUGACUAAAGAGCGCCAUUUCUCUCAUUAAAGCCUUUAAGUACA